UGUAUUUCUGAAUAAUUAUAUAGUACUAACAUAAUCAUGUAUGUUUUACUAGCAAGUCUAACUAUUGCAGUUCUGUCUGCUUCACAAGCUGUCCCUCUGGAUAUUGACUCUCGAAUUGUGAACGGAACGGAUGUGAAUAUAAGAGAUUAUCCUUACAUGGUAUCUCUUCAGUACGAUGGACGACAUUUAUGUGGAGGUUCAAUUAUCGACAAAAACAAUAUUUUAACAGCUGCCCACUGCGUCGCAACGAGAGAUCUGGAAGGCUUCACAGUACUACCUGGAUCGACUAUCGUCACAUAUGGUACAUUCAUGUUAAUUGAAAGGAUUAUAGUUCAUUCUGGAUAUACAGGGCUUAAACCUUACAGAAAUGACAUCGCCAUUGUUCACCUUGCCCAGCCACUUGAAUUUAGUGAAAGAGUGAAACCAAUUCAACUUCCGAAGGUUUUUGAAGCUAUACCGGAAUUUUCGGAGGCUACUUUAACUGGAUGGGGUUACCAUAUGACUGGUGGAUCUCCACAGGAAACUCUUCAGAAAGUGGAUAUCAGGGUUUAUUCAGACCUGGAAUGUGAAAUGUUACAUUUAGAAACUGGUCCAACCAGUCGCAUAUUCCACAUUUGUGCAGGAGUACCUGAAGGAGGCAAGGGACAAUGCAAUGGUGAUUCUGGAGGUCCUCUAGUCGUUGGUGGAAUACAAAUUGGAAUCGUUUCUUGGUCAAAGAAGCCAUGUACCCUUGAAGGAUAUCCAGGUGUUUUUGUCAAAGUUUCAACAUACAUAGAUUGGAUAAACUGUAAUUUAAAAGUAUAAUAGCGGUUGUUAAAAUUAUGAUAAAUGAUUCUGAAGAUUUUUAUUUA